CGCUUUUAGACCAAAGAGGCAACCUCCACGGUGAGGAGAAGAACGGGCCGUCGUCCCAACCGUCGGGGUCUCGAGCUUUUGCUCUGAGAGGUGUGCGAGGGUGUCAGAUAUUAUACGUCAUACACAACUCAUCACCGUAAUCAAACAUUUAGAUACCGAUAUCCUCUAUCUCAAGUGAUUUAUUUAUUUAACUGUGUUUUUUAUUGAGAUCAAAUCGGCAUAAAUAUAAACAAGGAAGUUGCUAAGUAGUAUUCAAUCGAAGAAGAGAUAGAAGAAUAAGAAUAAAAAUAAGAAGAAAAGGUAGAGAGCGAAUAGAAAAGAAAGAAAGCAGAUCAGUGAGUGAAUUGAUUUUAGAAAAAAAGUACAUACGGUUAAUAAAAAAGACAGUGAUAUGCUGAGGUCAAGAAACAACAACCAAAACAUCUAGACGGCAUGACCUUAGCAGGCGGGAAGAAAUCUGGUGACGAGAAGAAAUGGGAGGACGAGGAAAUAGUUGUGAGCGCACUCGUUGGGGAAGAUGUAACUGUCGAGUUAAAAUUGAAGCCCGAAGAGUCACGAGAUUGUCAACACUUUUUACUAUUUCGUGGAGAUAAUUUGAUACCCUCCGAUCGUUACAGUGUGAAAACACGUGGAAAUGUAAUCCAAUUAACGUUGAAGAAAUCACAGAAGGACGACACCGGUCACUACUCAUUAGUCGCUAAAAAAUUGCAAUCAACAAAUUAUCCAUUGAGUGAAAAUAAGGAUAUCAAUAAAGAAGGAGGACGAAAAAAAAUACGAAUGAAUAUUCGCGAUACUGCUGAUGACCCUGAAGAGGGCGAACCGCCGAUAUUUGUACGAAGGCUUACCGACUUGGCUGUUAAAGUUGGUACGAGGACACGUUUUCUCGUUGAAAUCCGCAGCUCUUCAAGUCCAAAGGUAACAUGGCACCGAAACGACCAACCGAUUCAAGCCGGCUCGAGAUUUUCUUUUGUACACGAGGGAAAUUUUUAUUGCGUCGAUGUAGCUCCGGUAAUGGUAGAAGACCAGGGUCACUGGACCUGUAUGGUAGAAAAUGUAUACGGAAGAUCAUCAUGUGUAUCUUGCCUCAGCGUUAUUGUACCGAAAGCUUACAAACGCCCGGAGUUUGUUGAAGAACUUCGAGCAAUUCUCACCGAAACUGGUACAGUUUCACUCGAAUGUAAAGUCGUUGGAGUUCCUACGCCAGUUCUUCGAUGGUUCAAAGACAGCAAAGAAAUAAAAGCUGGUGACGUCUUCGCAUUGACCGCAAAUGCCGAUGACCCAACGUCAUUGGGAACUUACACAUGUCAAGCAGACAAUUGUAUGGGAACCGCGUACUCAUCAUCAAAAGUUCAUGUGGUAGGAAGAGGAAGUAGAGAAGGAUCUUUGAAGCCUGCGGAUACUCUGACACCUUCGGGACCUCUUCCAGUAUUUAAAAAAAUACUAAGCGAUGAAUGCUGUCGGAUUGGUGACACUAUUACCCUGUCAUGUCAAGUUCAAGUCCCUCCGUGGCCUAAAGUUAUCACUUGGUACAAUAAAGCGGGUAAAGUUGAACCGACCGAUAAGUAUCACGAAAUGGAAGAUGGAUUGGGAACGUAUUCAAUUGAAAUACGCGGAGUCGAAGCUAUGGACGAAGGAGAGUGGAAAUGUGUCGCUACUAGCUCUGAAAAUGUUAUGCAAUUUACUACUUGCUAUGUCGCAAUGUCUGUUCCUAAGAAUUAUAGAAUGCCGCGUUUCAUGGAAAGCCUCAAGGCAGUUUUGACAGAAGAAGGACUAGUGUCUUUUGAAUGCAAAGUCGUCGGGUUUCCUACUCCCUUUCUCAGAUGGUUCAAAGACGGCCAAGAAUUGAAGCCCGGUGAUGUUUAUCAGCUGACUGGUACUAAUUCACUGGGGUCUUACUGCUGUAUCGCGAGAAAUUGUAUGGGCGAAGCUAAAAGUACUGCAGAGCUGACUGUCGAGGACAUUCAGAAUCAGUUAAAUGAAGAAGAACGUCUUCAGUUGCUGAGUUUUAAUCAGGUUCCUAAAUUUAUUAAAGGUCUGCGAAGUUGCGAAGCGAGAAUUCAUGAAGAUUUCACAUUUACAGUUCAAGUCACUGUAUCUCCAAAACCAACUCUUUCAUGGUUCCGCGACGACGAACCGAUUACUGAGAGCAAUAAAUAUAAAAUAAUUCAAGAAGUUUUGGGUAAUUGCCAUCUAGAAAUUCAUAAGUUGGAAUUCGCUGAUCAAGCAGAGUGGAAAUGUAUCGCAGAAAAUGAUUUUGGCCAUAGUAUAACAUCGUGUUUCCUAAAAUUAAUAAUACCAAGACACUUCAAGAAGCCGAAAUUUUUAGAAAGUCUGAGAGCUAUUUUAUCCGAAGAAGGAGCUGUCAAUUUAGAGUGUAAAGUUAUUGGAGUACCGCAGCCCGUAUUGAAAUGGUACAAAGACGGCGCUGAAUUAAAACCCGGUGAUAUUCAUAGAAUAAUUUCCGGUCAAGAUGGAACAUGUUGUUUGGGAACUUACACAUGCGAGGCAUCAAAUUGCAUGGGUUCAGUGAGCAGUUCGGCUUCGUUAUUAGGCUUUGAAGAUCGGGUCGCUGUUAAAAAAGAAGAAACUCAAGAGCCCGUUUCGCCGCCUAUGCAUGAACUCGCUAGAAAUCUCUCGCUGUCAACGAUACACGAAGAAAGAACCUCACAGUUGUACGACACACCUCAAACAGAUCAUUCUAUAACAAUCGACGAUCGCGGAGAGGUUUCGUUUAGCUUUGAUGGUAAAGAAGUAUCUGUAAGUCUUUACGAAACUCCGGAUUUAACGGAAGAAGAAGCGAUACAAAUUGUUGAAAUGUACGCUGAUCAAUUGUCUGAGCAUAUUACUGAGGGAAAUAUAAUUGAGCUUCCUCCGAUGCGUUUUAUGAAAGAAACAUCCACGUCAGGAAAUUUAUUAAUGGAAGCUGUUGUUAUAGACGUUUCGUCAGACUAUUUUGUUCCUGAUGAAGAAGCUGAUGAUUUGCGUACUGAAGCUGACGUCGAAGACGUUUCUAUUAUGGAUGAUCAGAUGCACAGUAUUCUUUCUUCAUAUGGAUCGCCACUGGGUGGUGAUCAUUCGGGUGAAAGAACUCCCGUGGGUUCACCACCUCCACGACCGCCGAGGAAGAAAGAACGAUCUGGCAGUGCCUCGUCUAAAAGUGAAAAGAGUGAGAAGAGUCAACACAAAGUUUUAGAUUGGUCUGAAAGUUAUCACAGCGCUAAAGAACCUUCUAUACAAGCGCAAUUAUCAAUACAGAGUCAAGAUAGUGUUGACGCUUUUGCUGAUGCCUUGUCUUCAGAUGGAUUAGCUAAAGUAUCUAGAGAAUAUGACAGAGAAAUUGCUGCAAUUAUUAACGAUACUGAAAACACAGAUUUUCGAGGCGUUUAUGCUGAAUCUUUGCCUCAGUCUCAUAAAUUUACAGAAGAAGUUUUUGCUGCGGCGUUGAAAGACUCCAUGGAAGAAGAAACGUCGGAGAAAAAAAAGAAAAGGAAGAAACGGUCUAAAGGCGGCACGCCGAUGUUAUCAUCGAAGACGAGUUCUGAAGAAUCUUACACGGUCAAUGCCGAUGGAAAUGAAGUGGGAAAAGUUAAGAGACGUGGAAGUAAAGAAGGUCGAGUUAAACGCGAACGUCGGGACAGCUCGAGUAGCAAUAAGAGUGGAAAAGAAAGAGAUAAGAAAGGACGUAGAAGUCAAGAUAUGGAGAAGAGUUUAAUGAUCGAAGACAUUCGAGUGGAAAGAAGUGAAGAGUUUAAAACUCCGGAAUUAGUAAGUCAUGCGGAACUGAAGUAUAUUGACGAUGAAGGAGAUAAAUUAUCAACUGCAUCAUCGGUAUUUGCGACUGCUGGAGAUAUUUCGGAAAAAUCAACAUCGAGAAGUCAGAAAGAACGACUGUAUGGAAGAAUAAAAAAUCUUUCUGUGCCUGUACUUACUCUGCGAGAUACUUUAAUUAAUUUAGAUAGUAUACUGAUCUCCUCGUCGAUAAAUGUUGAUGAACAUACGAUACAAGGAUUAAUUAUAGAGAAAAUUGUUCGUCCUAUUGAAGAACUUUGUGAACAAAUGUCUGCUAUUGAAUCAAAAGCGGUUACUUCUGCUGGAGAUAAAUCUCUGAGUCAAGGAGUGAGGAUUUCAUUGCUGGAUUCGAUUGGUGGACCGACUGAAGAACUUCUUCGUGGUAUAGAGUUAUUAAAAAGUCAUCGAGGUAAAACUCAAGAGGAUUUAAAGUCUGAUUUAAUAGUCUUGGAAUCAUUAACUGAUCCCGUUGAUGAAAUUCUUGCGGGGUUGGCUAAAAUUGAGUUUGAAUUAAGAAGUAAAGAAGGCGAUGUCUCGGCCGUUGAACCCAAAAAUCCAAUUAUAUUGGAACGGAUAUCGCGAGCUAUUAAUCAAGUAGGCGUUAAUGUCGAUGGAUUGAAACAAAACCAGAGAUUAAAUAAACAGCAGGAAGUAAUUACUGUCGCAGAAAGACUUGAAUCUGUUUACAAAAAUUUACAAUCAUUUAUUAAUUCGUUGUCAUUAAAUAAAGUCACGGGUGCUCUGGAGAGUAAUGUUGAUAUUCUGGUAAUUGAGUCUCUAGUGAAACCUCUUGAAGGAUUAUCACGUUCUCUGAAUGAAGUUUCAACUUCUCAAGUUGCUGAUAAUGAAGUGAUUGUGGUUGAUAGUCUUCAUAAAUCAAUCGCCGAGUUGAAAAACAAAUUAGAGACCUUGACUAUAGCUUUGGAAACUUAUGAAUCGGAGUCAGGAGAGCGGGGAAUCACUGAAGGAAGCCAAGAGUUAGUUAGCUAUUUAAAAUGGACGAUGGAAGACGCGUCAGAUAAUUUAGUUAAGUUACAAAAAAUUAACGAAGCUAAAUUGUCUAAAAUUAUUGAAGAUACUGCAGAAUCUGUUGCCCCUUCUUCAGACGAAGACUGGAAUGUAGAUAAGAGUAAAAAUGCCGUUGAAGCUGUCGAAUUUGACGAAAGUGUCGUUCAUAAAACUUUACAAGACAACGAUAUUUUAGAAAAAGAAAUUAAACUUUUAGAAGAAAAGAUGCAUGAGCGGAGUAUCGAUGAAGCGAUUGAGUCUCAGUUUAAAGAAAAAAUAACUGAAAUACAAUCCCAAGUUAUUUUAGCUAAAGAAAAGAACGAAUCGGAAGUUGCAUCAAAACGUGAUAAAUUUAGAAAUAGAAUGAUUUCAAUAGAAUCAAUGAUGCCAGGACUUGAUGAAAGUCUGCCUCUUCCCGAGAUGCUUCUUGAUCCGCUGAUAGACGUUCAGGCAAAAUUGAACGUUGCUUUACGUCAUUAUGAAAAUGAGAUACCUAGUGAUGAAACUUCUCUUUCGAUGACUGAACUCUCUACGUGUCUCAUAGAACUCAGAGACUCAAUAGCUUCAGCAGCUCAUGUCGCCACGACAUUAAAUAUUCCAGACGUUAUCAAUAGUAUUGUGGAACUGAGAGAGCCAUUACUAGACCUACAACUAGCGUUGGCAUCUGGUACUUCAACUCAAGAAUCUACUUUGGUUGAAGAAAGUACGCGGCCAUUACAUGAACUCAGUGAAAUUAUUUCCGCGGUUAUCCGAUCGCCUUCAACUUCAGAAGAUUCUAUUGUUAUAUUGAAUCAAAUUUCAAGAAUGAUGAGUGAAAUUAUCGAACAGCUUCCUCAAAUACCAGAUAAGAAAUCAUUUGAAGAGCCAGUUAUGCCUGUAAUAAAAAUGGUUCCACUUAAACCAUCAGAAGAUGUCGAAAAUGCUUCUUUGGCACUUGGUAGCGUUCAUUAUGCUUUGUCCGCAGCAUUAGAAAAAGUCAAUGAAUAUAGUCUCGAUAUAUCAGAAGCCGAAGGCGAAAAAAAGAGUACAGCUGGUAAAUUAGUAUCUUCCAUUGAUAAUUUAAGACAGAGUGUUGGAAAUUUAGCUGUCGCUAUUUCUUCUCCGAUGGUUCCUGAAGAAAAAGCAUCGGAAUAUGAUAAUAAAUUAGCUUUUGAAGAACUCGAAACGCUACGAGAACCUUUGAUAAGUUUACAAAAAGUUCUUCUGAUUGAAAAACAUGAUCCUGAAGAAAGACAUGUGUUAAAUGACAUUACGGGCCCUCUUAAAACUUUAAAAGAAGCUAUUUUGAAAAUUACUAAGGAUCAGUCGUCUCCUGUUGUUGAUCUUGUUGAAGAUGUUGAAAAAGAUGUAGCUCUUGUUGCUAUGGAAUCGCUUAAAAAAGCACUAGUUGGUAAAGUAGACACUGAAGAGAGUUCUGUUUCUGAUUCAGCACCCGGAGAAGUUCCGACGAUAAUUUCCAAAUGGUUGGAUCCAGUGGAAAAUUGGCUAUCGACGGCUUUGGAAGAAAGCAAUGAUGAAGAAAGUACUUCACCUAUAGUUCCAGUUAUUGAUGAACUUAAAAAACAUUUGCUGAAGAUCGUCAUACAGUCGUCUUAUUCAGAACCUCCGAGUGAUACGGCUUUGAUUGAAAGUUUUUCAGAGUUAAAAGAACCUUUAAUAAGAGUACGUGAAGCUAUUGCUGAUAAUCAUGAUCCAGAUGAUAUUGAAACACUGGAGAAUCUUAUUCAGCCGACGAAGCAUCUACUGAAUACUAUUGUGAAUACUUCGAUGAUGUAUAAAGCUACUAGUCUUCUUCAGCCUGUUAUUGAAGUUCUAGAAGAACUCGAAAAUCAAAUUCCAUUGUCGAUUAAAAUGGCUACUUAUGCCAAAGAAUUGCGAGGAGUUGUCAGUACGAUAAGUCCUGAUGAAUUUGAUGAAGAAGUAGAUAAAUUGGAAUCUAGUUCGUUGACUUUUAGAGCAGAAGCUCAAGAAAUUGAUGUUGAUGUUACGGAAAUUGAAGAUUUGUCAAGAGGACAAUACACAGAAGAGAUGAGUGAAGAAAGAACUGAACAGACGACAUCUGAUGAAGCGGCUUUGUCUGAAGCUAAAGUUGAAGAUACAACUAAAUAUGAAGAAAAAAAAUCAAUCAAUCAAGGGAUAAAUCGAUUAAGUGAAGAGCAGAAGGAAUUGAGUGAAGAUAAAAAACAAUUGAGUGAAGAUCAGAAACAACUGAGUGAAGAUCAAAAACACUUAAGUGAAGAUCAAAAACACUUGAGCGAAGAUCAGAAACAAUUAAGUGAAGAUCAAAAACACUUGAGUGAAGAUCAAAAACAAUUGAGUGAAGAUCAAAACCGAUUGGGUGAAGAUCAAAAACACUUGAGUGAAGAUCAAAAACAAUUGAGUGAAGAUCAAACCCGAUUGAGUGAAGAUCAAAAACAAUUCGGUGAAGAACAAAAACAAUUAAGUGAAGAACAAAAAUCUAUGAUAGAAACUAAAGUAUCUGAUGAUUUAAUUACAGAAGUACAUGAAGAAGAUAAAAAUCAAGCAACUAAAGAUUUAGUCGCAGAAACAUCAAGUUCUAAUUUAUCUAUUGAAGAGGAAUUUUCAAAACAACAAGAAUCACGAAACGCAUCAACGAUGGCUCGUACUGAAGAACUAGAUUUAUGGACUCUUACAAUAUUAAAUCCUUUAGAUCGUUUGGCCUCUACAACGCUAGCAUUAGAUGAAUCAAUAGACGAAGAAGUUCAAGAACUUUUAUGUCAACCUUUGGAUUCUUUGCAUAAACAAAUAGAACUCGUUGAAUCUCAGAUAAACCGUCCAGCUGGUCAGUCACUUGAGAACGAUGUUGAAACAAUAAUCGAAGGAUUUUUAUCACCAUUGAAUCAUCUCGAAAUAGCUUUGAAAACUGCUGCAGAAAUUUGGCAUGACACUCCGUUGCAAGAAGCUGUAAAGAAAUAUUUGCAAAAUUUGGCAGAGUCUUCAUCCGAUUUAUGUAACCAAUUGGAUUCAUUAAGAAAUAAAUUAAUUACUGAAGCGCCUGAACAGAUUGUUCAAGUUCAAAAAACGGAAGCUUCAUUAAUAGAGACAGUAUCUGCUAUUAUUGUGCCUUUGGAAGGAAUUCAAAAUCUUAUUGUAAAAAUGUUAGAAGAAGAUUUGGCAAAAGAACAAAAAAUUUUAGAAAAAAUACCAGAGAUUCAAGAGCAGGAUAUUUUUAGAGAUACGAUAGACACAAUUAGUGAUAAAACUAUUGCUGAAAUAUCUUCAGAAUUCGAUCAAGAAGAGAAAUCGAACGAUGACAUCAAACAUAUUGAAAAAACUACGGCACGACCUCUUGAAGAACUUAUUGAAGCUAUAGUUGAUCCUACAAAUGUACGAGAUUCUACGACACCAGAUAAUAUUGAAGAAAUGGAAAUUUCUCAAGAUAUCGAUGAAACAACAGCGAAACUUGAUGACUUCAAUCAAAUGAACAAAGAAGAAAAAUCAAUGUCUCAAUUUAAAGAUCUAGAGCAAGAAAAUAAAGAUGCUGAUACUAUUGAUAGAUUUGGUAAAGAAGAAGUCAGUGAUUCAAAAGCAGUAGAAAUUGCAGUAGUACUUCAAGAACAGAAAGAAAUAAUUUUACAAAGUCACCAAGAAGCACAAGAAUCUGUCCCUAAAGAAGAUUCUUCUGAUUUUAUUCAAGUAGAUCUUCAACAACACAAGCCCGAAGUAACCGAAGUUGAAAGUCUAGCUGCAUCGACUCUUCAUCAAGCCCCUGAGGCCCUUUUGAUGACUACAGAUUCAGAAGCCUCCAGAAUUGAAGAUGUUCGUAAUUUAGAUUCCAUAGAAGUUCAAAAAGAAAAUAUAAUAGCAGUAGAAGACGCUAAUCUACAGCAUUCUGUAGUGACCCAGGAAACUAUUUGUGGAGAAGCAGCUUCUGGAAUUCAAGAAUUAAAAGAUCAAAGUGGUACAGCUCUGUUGAUUGAAGAUUCUGAUAAACUAGUUGAAGGUACAGUAAUAGAAGAUAUCAAAGCCGAACUAAGUAGCGAAGAUUUGUUAAAUCGAAUUGGCGGGAUUGUUAGAAGUGAAUUAGAUCGACAAAAUGCCUUGGAGUAUGAAAAUGAAAUCCCGUUGGAAAAUAUUACGAUAGCUGUUAAGGAAAUGAUGAUAAAGUAUCCGCAAAUAUGUCAAGAGAAUGUUUUUGAAGAGAGUGUCAGAGAUGUUGUAGUAGAGGAACUACAAAAGAUCAAGGGUUCAAAUUAUGCUGAUGAUAUUUUGACUGAGAAGACUGAUUUACUUACUGAGCUACAAGAGAUUGAAAGGAAAGCAGUUAUGGAAUCAGCGGAAUUUACUGAAGAAAAAGUUCGAGAAAUUAUUCUUGAUGAAAUUUCUAAAGAAGAUAUUUCGCUGAUUGAUGAAGAGAAUCUUUUAGAAAUAAUUGAAGCAAAAGUUCAGCAGGUAGUUCUUCAAGAUCCGAAAGUAUCGCAAGAAUCGAAUAAGGAAGAAAAUAUUCGUGAGGUAGUCGUAGAAGAAUUACACAAAUUCGAAGAUCAUAGGGCUGAAGAAAAGGCUAUGGGAGAUUUAGUUGAAGCUGAGAAGCUUAUGGUAAAAGAAGAAGAAGUGAAGCAUCAAUUAGCAGAAAUGGUGUCAACUGAAAUUGUAGAAGAAAAAAUUGAUGAUCUUGUAAUGAAGGAACUUGAAAAACAGCAAGUGGUAGCUGUUGAAAAUAGUAAACUAGUAGAUGUUGUUAAAAUUAAAGUACAAGAAUUAAUUUUGACUUCUCCGGAAAUUAAGCAAGAAGAAAUUCUUGAAGAGAAGAUUAAAAAUAUCGUGACUGAAGAAUUGCAAAAAGCUGAAGUAUUGAAAAUUGAGAGUGAAAUGCAAAAUCUUGUUGAAGCUAAGGCAAGUAUGGAAGUAAAUAAAAAAGAGACGGUUAUUCAGCCUAUUAUAGGACAAGAAUUUGAAGAGAAAGUCAAAGAUUUGAUUAUAGAUGAAUUCAAAAAACAACAAUUUUAUCCAGUUGAAGAUCCUCUUAUAAAACAAAUUAAAAUAAAGGUCCAAGAAGAAGUUUUACUGUCACCUGAUAUAUCAAAAGAACAAAUUACCGAAGGAAUCCUUCGUGAUUUAGUUUCUGUAGAGGUUGAAAAACACGUGGCUGAUUUGAAAGAUGUUGAGGUUUUUGGUGAAGCUGAAGAAGUUACACCUCAAGAAGAGAAUGAUAAAAAAGAAGAAAAAGCCAUGGUCAGCACAGAAGAUGUCGUUCAAGAAGAAACCAAAGAAUUGAUAACUUCAAAGCUCGAAGAAGAAGCUUCAACAAGCAUUCAAGAUGAUGGAACAAAAAAUAUUAUUCAGACAAAGAAACAAGAUGUUUUGGAAAGUGUCGUUAUAUCUGAAGACUUAAUUAGAGAUGAACUGAAAAAACAAGACCUUUAUCCAGUUGAAGACCCUCUGGUAAAAGAAAUUAAAGCUAAAGUCGAAGAAGAAAUUUUAUUGUCUUCUCUUGUAGCUGAAGAAAGUGUGCCUGAAGAAAUUAUAAAGGAUUUGAUAUCUGUAGAGGUUAAAAAACAUGUUGCUGAGUUAAUUGACAACGAAAAUCUGAACAAGGCACAAGAAACUAAACAAAUUAUGUAUCAAGAUGAUUCUGAGAAGAAAGAAAAGGAAGAAGUGCUUUGUAAAGAAGAAAUUACUAUGAAAGAAACUAAAGCCUCGGGAUCUCUAGUCGUUGAAGAAAAGAUUGAAGCAAGAACGCGAGAUGAAGAGGAAGAUAAUCUGAUAAAGAAAGAAGAAAUGGUGAAAAGUCUAGUAAUAUCUGACGAUAUGAUUAGGAAUGAACUAAAAAAACAAGAUAUUUAUCCAGUUGAAGAUCCUCUUGUAAAAGAGAUCAAAGCUAAAGUUCACGAAGAAAUUUUAUUAUCUUCUCAUACGACGGAAGAAAAUAUUCCGGAAGAAAUUAUCCGGGAUUUGAUAUUAGUUGAAAUUGAAAAAUAUGCAGCUGAAUUGAAAGAUAGUGAAGGUUUUGGUAAAGCACAAGAAGUUAAAGAUAUUACCGUUUCAUCUGAUGAUGAAGCAAGAAAAGAAGAACAAGCUUUACUUGUCGAAGAAAGUAAUUCGAAAGAAGAAACCAAAGACUUGACAACUCCAGACAUCCAAGAAAAAACUGAAAAUAGAACUGAAAGUGAUAAAAAUGAAAAAACUAUUCAGGAAAAACAGCAAGAAGUAUUAGAAAGUUUAGUGAUAUCUGAAGAUAUGAUUAGAAAUGAAUUGAAGAAACAGCAUCUUUAUCCAGUUGAAGAUCCACUGGUAAAAGAUAUCAAAACUAAGGUGCAAGAAGUAAUUUUAUUAUCUUCCCACACGCGGGAAGAAAGUAUUCCAGAAGAAAUGAUUCGAGACCUGAUGUUGGCGGAAAUUGAAAAGCACGUGGCUGAGUUAAAAUAUGACGAAAGUCUCAAUGAAGCUGAAGCUAUUAAAGAAAACGUGACUUCACAAGAUAUUAGUGAAAAGAAAGAAAAAAAGUCUUUGCGCCAGGACGAAAGUGUCUCUAAAGAAGAAAUGAAAAAUUUGAUAACAGAUCUUGAAGAAAAAACUGAAACAGAUGUUCAACAAAAACGUGAAGUGGUAGAAAGUUCAAUAAUUUUAGAAGCACAACUUGCUGAAGGACCAGCUGACAUAAUUACAGCUGAAACUCUAGUCGACGAAGAAAAGGUAGAAGAUAAAAGUACGCUAGCUAUAAGUUCUCGGGAAGAUAUUCGUGAAGAAAAAAUUCAUGAAUUAAUCAUUAAUGAAAUGGGUAAACAAAACGCUAAUUCCCUUGUUGAUGAUGACCUGAUAACAGCCAUCACUAUUAAAGUUCAACAAUCGAUUAAUAGUCAUCCGGAAAUUCUCAAAGAAGAUGAGCUUGGCAGUAAUGUUAAAGAGAUUGUACAGGAAGAGUUACAAAAACGAGAAGCUAAACUGGUUGAAGUUGAAAACUUUGGUGCAGCAGAAUCAAAAGAAACCAAAUCGUUGAAAGUUUCUGAAGGAAAAGAAGAUACGAUUCCUGAAGAAGUUGUUCGAGAAAUAAUCAUUGAACAACUAGAGAAACAACAUGUUAAGCCUUCUGAAGAAAAUAAUAUGUUGAUUAUUGUUAAAGAAAAAGUACAGAGCUUGAUUUCGAAUCAUCCUGAAGUAUGCACAGUAGAUUCUAUAACCGAAAAUGUUCAAGAAAUAGUUACACAGACAAUAAAAGAGAAUGCAAAAAUAUUAGAAAAUGAAGGUCUUGUUAAGAGUGAUAGUGAAAAAUUGAAAAUUCAAACUAUACAAUCAGAAACUCAAAUAGAAAUUCCGGAAGAAGUUAUUCAUGAAAUGAUUAUAGAAGAAGUUCAUAAACAGAAUAUUCAGCCUGUUGAAGAAAAUAAAAUAAUCGAAAAAGUUGAAGCAAAAAUCCAGCAAUUAAUUCUUCUACAUCCUGAAAUAUCUGGUCUAGAUAGUCUUUCUGAAAAAGUUCACGAUUUUGUAGAAGAAAUAGCUGAAGAAGAAAAUGCAAAAAUUGUUGAAAUUGAUAAACUUCAUCGUGCUGAAGAAGAAAGACAGAGAAUAGAAGUUUUACAGAUGCCAUUAGCAGCUGAGAGUCUAGUUUUUGAAGAUAUCGAUAAAAUUAUAGAUGAAAAAACUGAUCAACAAACUGCUAAAGCAACAGAAGAAGAAGAUCUUGUUAAAGCGCUUGAAACAAAGACUGAUGUUACUGAUGACUCAAAAUCUAAAAAAUCUGAAGAAGAGUCGAAAAAAAUAGUUACAGAAAAAUCUGAAACUCAAGAUGCCAAAGAAGUUAUUAAAGAUUCGGUUACUGAAGAAUCAAAGAGACAAGAAGUAGCUCAAAAUAUUACGGGUGAAUUUAAGAAAGAAGGGAAAGAAUCUGAAGAAUUACUUCAAGGAACAACUGAUGAAGUAUCGAAGAAAGACGAUAAAGUAUGUGAAGACGUUCGAGAAGCAGAUAAGAAAGUACCAAAGAGACAAAAGAGCAGAGAAUUUGAUGAAACUGAAAAACAAAAAACUGCUGUAGAUACAACUGAUAAGAAAGAAGCAGAAAAAUUAAAGAAAGAUAUUCAAGAAGUCAUAACGGAAUCGGUUCAGAAAAAAGAAGAAUUAAAAGAAAUUGAAGAAAAUAAAAAAAGUGUUGUUACAGAUGAAAUUAAGGAAAAAUCUGAAGAAAGUAUUAAAGAGAUUACCUCUGAAAAAUUAACAAAAGAAGAAGUGAUUGAACUCGAAAAAGAUAAGACUGUUAAAUCUAUCGAUGAUUCAGCUGAGAAAAUGAAGACUAGUCAAUCUAAAGAUAAAAGUUCGAUUUUAUCUAAAGAAGACAUCGGUGAGAAAACUGCCCAUGAAUCAGUUGCAGGGAAACCUGAUGAAGACACAAAAGAACCGGAAACGAAGAAUAAGCGAGCGGAUACCAAGAAAGCUGAUGGGAAGAAAAAGAAAAUCGAAUUAUUGAGAGUCCCAUCGGAAACUCAUGCUCACGUUUCUGAAGAAAUGGUCCAUGAAAUAGUAAUUGGAGAAAUUCAUAAGUUAAAUAUUGAACCGUCGGAAGAAGAUACUCUCAUUAAAGCCGUUGAGUUCAAAAUUCAAGGAUUAGUUGCACAGUUUCCUCAGCUGUCAAAAGAAGAAAUCGUUGAAGAAAGCGUAAAACAGAUUGUGGCUGAACAAUUGCAAGAAGAGAGAGCAAAAGCUUCAGAAUCUGGCGAGACGAUUGACAAAACUCAAGUACAAAAAACAAGAGUAGAAGUAUUACAAACUCCUGCGACAACUCAAAUUCAAAUUCCUGAAGAAAUGGUGCAUGAUUUAGUUGUCGAGGAACUUCAAAAACAAAAUGUGAAAAUGUCUGAGGAAAAUAAUUUUGUGAAAGCAAUUGAAACUAAAGUUCAUGAUCUGAUUGCUCAACAUCCUGAAAUCUCUAAAGAAGAAAUGAUCGAAGAAAGUGUUCGUGAAAUAGUAACAGAAAAAUUACAAGAACACAAGGCAAAUAUUCUCGAAGCUGAAAGACUUGAAAGAGCUCAAGCAGAUGAACAAAAGAGAAAAGUUGAAGUUUUGAACGUUCCUUCAUCAACAAAACUUGAGAUCCCCGAAGAAAAUGUACAUGAUAUGAUUAUUGAAGAGUUCAAUAAACAAAAUAUUGAGCCUUUAACUCACGAUAGUCUUGUCAAGGCAGUCGAAGCUAAAAUUAAAGAUCUAAUUGCUCAGCAUCCUAAUGUUCGUAAGAGUGAUAUUCUUGAGGAAAAUGUAAGAGAUAUUAUUACAGAGGCAUGGGCAGAAGAGAGAGCUAGUGUUGUUGAACAAGAAAAACUUACUGAAGCCAAGGAAGAUAUUGUCAACAGAACGAAAGUUGAGGUACUGCAAAUGCCUCCUAAGGAAGGAGAUGAAUCGAUCAAAGGUACAGAAGAAAUUGAUCAAGAAUCGGAUAUCAAAAAAGCUUUAAAGAAGAAAAGAAAAUCAUCUGACAAAGGUACUGGUAAAAAGGAUGAAAAUAAACGUCAAGGUUCUCCUAAAGACCAGUUAGAAAAAGAUAACAGUCAAGAUGUUGACGAAAAGAAUCCAUCAUCUUUAAAGAAGAAGUCUGACAAAUCGGUAGAUAACGAUAAAAAUGGCGAAGAAAAGCGACAAACUUCUUUAAAAAAUAAAACUGAAACGUCUGAAGAUAUAAAUAAAAAUGGUGAAGAAAAAAGACGUCCGUCUCUUAAGAAGAAAUCCGAAACUUCUGAAGAUAAAGAUGGAGACGAAAAGACACGAACUUCUUUGAAAAAGAAAUCUGAAGAGUCUGAAGAUAAAGAUAAAAAUAGUGAAGAAAAGCGACGAACUUCUCUGAAAAAGAAAUCUGAAAAGUCUGAAGAUAAAGAUAAAAAUGAUGAAGAAAAAAGACGUUCGUCUCUUAAAAAGAAAUCCGAAAAGUCUGAAGAUAAAGAUGUAGAAGAAAAGACACGAACUUCUCUGAAAAAUAAAACUGAAAAGUCUGAAGAUAAAGAUAAAAAUGAUGAAGAAAAAAGACGUUCGUCUCUUAAGAAGAAAUCCGAAAAGUCUGAAGAUAAAGAAGUGGAAGAAGAGACUCGAACUUCUUUGAAGAAGAAAUAUGCAAAAUCUGAAGAUAACGAUAAAGAUAAAAAUGGUGAAGAAAAAAGACGUUCGACUCUUAAGAAGAAAUCCGAAAAGUCUGAAGAUAAAGAAGUGGGAGAAGAGACUCGAACUUCUUUAAAGAAGAAAUCUGAAAAGUCUGAAGACAAAGUUAUUGAGGAGAAGAAUGUAAAAUUAGAAGAAACGAAAGUUAAACAGCUAGAAAACCAAAAAAUGGAAAAUAAAUCUGAAAUCGCUGAUAAUCUAAAAGAAGAUAAACAGCUCGAUAAAAAAGAUGACAUAAAACAAUUAGAUAAACCACGUGUACAAAAGACUGAAGAAAAAACACGAGAUAUCAAAGAAGAAUACCAAAAAGAAAAUAAUCUGUGUCAACUCCGCCAUGAAGAGCAAGUAGAAGUAGAACAAACAGUAAAAAAACCACCAUACAUAGAAGAGCAUAUCACAAAUUUACCAAAGUCAACCAUUGAUUCGGAAUUAGAUUCUGAAUUUUCCGAAUCUUCCAUGUCAACUCUCAAAAAUGUAUCAUCAAAAGAAAGACGUAAACGCAGUAUUCCACCGAUGAUAGAGAUUGAUUACGACGAAUCAUCACCACGUGAACCAUUGUCACGUCGUUCUAAUAUCUCUUCACGUAAAUAUCGCGAUCUUGAAUCAAUUGAUCUCGAUGAUAAGAGUCUGGGUAUUUAUUCCACAGACACCAGUAGAACUACUGGAUUUUCACACGGGCCUCGAGAUCGUGGAAAGAAGCCUUCAUUCUGCACAAAACUAACAGACAGAACAGCGGCCGAAAGUUCACGAAUAAAAUUAACUUGUGCAGUUCUCGGUGAACCAGAACCUACAGUUUACUGGUUAAAAGAUGGCAAAUUAUUGCCACCAUCAAGUAACAGACAUGGAACAACAAUGGAAAAUGGUAUGGUAUCCCUCGAACUUUAUACCGUAAGACCUUCAGACAGUGGCGAGUACACAUGUGUAGCUAGAAAUCUCCAUGGUCAAGCAUGCACAGAAGCUAAGUUAAAAGUUUACGCCGGGUAUGAGCCCACUCCCACGACUCCAACAUUCACAAGAUCCAUCAAAGACACGUAUCUUCGUGAUGAAAAUACUCUUGUCCUUGAAUGCCGGGUGAGAGGUCAACCGACACCAGCAAUAACUUGGCUCAAAGAUGGACAAUUACUGGAAAUAAGUGAUCGUUAUCAGCAGUGCGAUUUAGCCGACGGAAUUUGUCGUUUAAAAAUUUUCCAUCCCGAUUUUUACGACAGUGGACUGUACACAUGUCGCGCGGAAAAUGAUACCAAACUAAGUGACCGCACGUCCCAUUUAGUUAACUUUGAAGCCCCAGGUCGAGCAGCACAAAGCAAUAGAAGCUGGCGUGGCAGCAGCUACCACGACAUUACUAGUACCGAUAAGGACACUGGAAGACCUCGUUUCUCCAGCUACUUGACAGAUCACAGUGUACCAGUAGGUGGGACAAUCGCACUUCAAGUAGAAGUCAAAGGAGUACCGCCACCCGAUAUCACGUGGAUGAGGGCUGACAAAAAAGGCGUGAUUGCUGUUCCCAAAGCUCGGACUUUCGCGGACUCGGGCGUUUAUACUUUAGUUGUUCCUGAUGCAACUGAAUAUGAAACUGGUACCUACGUCUGUCGGGCCAGCAAUCCUUAUGGGCAUGUUGAUACUACAGCAAAUAUUGAAGUUGUAUCGGGAUCUAUGAUGGACGGGGGGAAACCAGCGAUAUUUGUGUCUAGGCCUCCUGAUAAAGUUAUUAUUGUUGCUGUUGGUGAAGAUGUCAGUGUAUCGUUUAGGACAAAUGGUGUCCCUAAACCUAAAGUUAUUUGGAUGAAAGGAUUGAGAGAUAUAACAAGUGGCCCAAGAUCUUACAAAGAAGGGCAUGAUGAUUACGUCAGGCUUACAUUAAAACGAGCGUGUCCAUCAGACGAAGGGACUUAUUGUAUUCUCGUAAAAAAUCGUUAUGGAUGCGAUAGAAGUUUCUUCUCAGUUCAAGUGAAACAGAGAGCGAGAUCAUUGACGCCUUCUCCAGAUUGGGGUCCCGUCGACACUGACAACUUGUUGGCCAACAUCCACGAUAAAGAGCGCUCAUAUGUGAAACAAGUACCGGGACCGAUUUCCAGUGAACCAGUGGUAAUUGAUGGUGGGCGUAAUUGGUUGGCAUUGACCUGGGGAAAAGCACAACAAAGAGGAUCAGCACCUGUGGUAGCUUACAGAGUUGACGCCUGGCUUUUAGGUGGCGAAGGAGGUGCAAGAUGGGUCGAGCUUGGAGUAACUCCAAUUAACGCAUUCGAUGCGUUCAAUUUACGGCCAGGUGAAGAAUAUAAAUUUCGCAUCACACCAAGAAAUCGUUACGGAUGGGGUGAACCGGUCACUAUGACAAAUUCUGUCACCGUAAGAGAAGUUGUCAAAUUUCCAGAAUUCACGAAAAUACUUCCGGGACAACUUAAAGCUUUGGCGGGAACAGUUUUGAGUUUAGACUGCGAGGUAAGCGGUGAUUCAUUGGCACACGUUAAAUGGUAUCGUGACACAACGGAGAUAGAAAAUGGUCAAGACUCAAGGUUUACAACUUAUUUCAACGGUACCAAGUGCACAUUAAUGAUUGGUAGUAUCUCAGAAAAUGAUUCAGGACGAUAUGUAUGUGAGGCUACUAAUGCAGCAGGAAGAGUAUCGACAUUUGCACGUGUGCAAGUUGUUGAAGAUCCUAAGAUUGUCGAAGCCGAUUUAAAACUACGUAAAAUGAGAUCAUCGGAGGUUGCUAAUGAAGAAAGACCACCUGAAUUUACAAUGAGACUUCGUGACAGACGUGUCCAAGCAACUUAUCCAGUAAGAUUGACGUGUCAAGUGACAGGAUAUCCCGAGCCAGAAGUAACAUGGUACAAGUAUCGCGAGGAACUUUGUUCCCAAGAGAAUAUAUCAAUUUGGAAUGACGAGGCUCACUUUCACACGCUAGAAAUAAGUCGAUCAACGAUUGAUGACUCCGGUAUUUACAUGGCACGUGCUAAAAAUAUUUAUGGAUCUGUAUCCUGUCGUUGUCAUCUGACUGUUGACAAGGGAAUUCGUGCCUACAUUGCUCCUGAAUUCCUACGUCAUCUCGAUUCAAUUUACACAGUUAAAGCUGGUGGUGAACUGCGUAUGACUGCGCAAAUUGAAGCCUAUCCUACUGUCGGAGUCACUUGGCACCGAGACGGUCAUCGCUUACGUCCGAGUCGAGACGUGGUCAUGACAUUGAAUCACGAUGGAUCUGUUGAACUUGACUUGGCUCAUGUGACACCAAGGGACGCUGGGUUGUACUGUUGCACUGCUACAAAUGAAGUCGGCCAAACUGAAACAACGACUCGUGUGACAGUUCUGGAUAAUGAUGAUACCAAGGACGUCAAUCAGUCAUUAGCGGGCGAGUCAGAAGACAUACCUUUCUCAAAAGAGCCGGUGUUUGUAACGAAACCCUUGUCGACGGAGGCAUUUGAAGGUGAUACGGUAAUAAUUUCAUGCGAAGUUAUCGGUGAUCCAAAACCGGAAGUUAUCUGGCUAAGAGAUUUUCUACGGCCGGAUUAUUACAAAGACGCUCCGCAUUUCCGAAGAGUUGGUGCUGGACCGCAGUAUCGUCUAGAAAUUCCAUACGCAAAAUUAGACUUCACUGGAACUUAUUCGAUAAUUGCUAAAAAUUGCCAUGGAGAAGCCAAAGCGGUGAUUUCACUUCAAAUUUACGCUCGAGGCCAAGGAAAGGAGGACAGCGGUAUGGAAUCAACAAUCAAACACGGUAACGUGCAGACCUUGCCGGUGAUUAAGAGCCCGCUGCGAGACUUGAGAUGUUGUGACGGCGAUGCUAUUACUUUGGUAUGCAAACUUCACGCCAAACCGGAACCAAACAUCAGAUGGGAAAAAGGAGGAAAAAUUUUACCACUUGGUGGUGAUUUCACUGCUGACUUUGACGGAGAGACUUCGAGAUUGAGUAUCCAUCACGUUUACCCAGAAGAUGAGGGAGAAUAUACUUGCGUUGCUUACAAUGAAUUAGGAAAAGCCUUUACUUCCGCAUGUGUAAUAGUAGACGUACCUGAAGGCAAAGAGACUGCGCUAAGUAGGAGAUUAACAAAACCUCCAGGUUUUUUGUCUUCGAACUCAACGCCUAUUUCAACCCCGCGGUCAACUCCAGUGAGAAGUCUCUCACCUUCGUGUGCUUGUAAGCGCGAAGUCAAACCAGUUACAAAAAUACCCCGUGGAUAUACAAGCGGAAGACGACCAAGAAUGCCCACCAGUCCUAAAUUUUACGCAGUUCCUCACAACAAAGUCGCCGAAGAAGGGGAAACUGUUAGAUUUCAGUGCGCUAUUGCCGGACAUCCCGUGCCUUGGGUCACGUGGGACAAAGACGGAAUUUCCAUAACACCAACCGCAAGAAUUACAUUUAAAGAAAGUGAUGACGUGAGAGUUUUGGAAAUAAAUGAAAUUACUCAUGAAGACGCUGGACUUUAUCGCGUAACUUUGGAAAAUGAUGUCGGUAGAACUGAAGCAACCGCGCGAUUAGAAAUAAUUAAAGGCCGUCGUAGUUCCAUUUCAAGACCAAUCCGUACCAGGAGUGCAUCACCAAGGACUUAUUCUAUUUAUGGUGGAAGAAACUCGAGUCCUACACCCAGAUCAGAUAGCCGAUUACAGCCUCCACGUGUUAGUGACACAUAUUCAGGAGGAAGAGGAACGAUUAGUCCUACGCUUCCUAGAUGGCAUUAUAGAAACGGUAAAGCUGUCAAAGCUGAUGAAAAAAUGAACACGGAGACAAGUUCUGCGGAACUCAAUAAGCCUCGAAGUUCUUCGGUGCCAAGACACUGCUUAAUGGAACCUGAAAAAUCAAAUGCCAAACAAGUUUCUCAAGCUACAGAGUCUCUAGUAAAGGCCAAAAAAACUCGGGCAUGUCAACAAGUCGCUGCUCCAACUCAGCUGCCAACAAAAAAAACAUCUAUACCAGUAAGACGAAAAUCGUCCGUUAAGUCUAGCAAACAAGGCUGUAAAAUUGAUAGUAAUGACAAAGAAAAAAAUGGUAAAGAUAAAAAUGUUAAGAAGAAGGCUAAGGAUAAGGAUAAAGUGUUGAAAGAAGAGCUCAAGUCUCCAGUUAUUUUGACAGUACCAGCAGAUAUCAUAGCACUGAGAGGCGCUAAAGUAAUGCUUCUAGCUACUUAUGAUGGUUAUCCUAAUCCAUCAGUCAAAUGGUUGAGAAAAGGUCGUGAUGUGACAUUGAAUGAUAAAACCGAAAUUGAAACCAGCGCAGGUCUCACCUGUCUGACCUUGUCGAAUGUGACAGCUGAGGAGGCAGGAAAAUACGAAGUGUUUAUUGAAAAUAAACUGGGAAAAGAUUCGCGCCACGUCAACGUAACUGUCGAAGGUCCUCCAGAACCACCGGCAGGUAGUCCAGCCGUCCAAAUUAUUAAAGACUCAAGAGGCGUGACGUUGAGUUGGAGAUCUCCAGUAUACGACGGCGGUUGUGCUGUCACAGGGUACUCUGUUGAGAUGAGACGAGGGGAAGAACCGUGUUGGGUUGCUGUAGCAGAAGCCAAACACUCGCUCAGUCAUACCAUCCGUGGACUUGACUCUGACAAGUCUUACAGAUUUAGAGUAAGAGCUGAAAAUAUUCAUGGAUUAAGUGAACCAGGAAUGGAAUCCGAGACAGUGAUUAUAACUACCAGUGAAACUAAAAAAAUAACGACCAAUAUUUCGGGAUUUUAUUUGGAUCCUGAUGAGGACACUGAAGACGAAGUAGAACCGGUCUACGAGCCAUGUGUUGUCACACCAGAACCUGGAUUUUUAUUCGACGAACGCUACAAUGUACUCGAAGAACUGGGCAAAGGUAAAUAUGGAAUCGUUAGAAGAAUUGUGGACAAAUCAAAUGGGUCAAGUUUUGCCGCUAAAUUUAUAAGAACAAUAAAAGCUAAAGAUCGCCAGCAAGUCAAUGAUGAAAUAAAUAUCAUGAAUAUGCUGAGGCAUCCGAAAUUACUGAGACUAAUCGCUGCUUUUGAAGGCCCUAAAGAAAUGAUCAUGGUGACGGAAUAUAUUUCUGGUGGCGAAUUAUUUGAACGAGUCGUUGCUGAUGAUUUUACUCUCACGGAAAAAGACAGUAUACUUUUCGUAAGACAAAUAUGUCUGGGAGUUGAAUACAUGCAUGACAAUCUUGUUGUUCAUUUAGAUUUAAAACCGGAAAAUAUAAUGUGUCAAACGCGAACGUCUCAUCGAAUAAAAUUAAUAGACUUUGGUCUUGCGCAAACGCUAAAAGUCGACACACCAGUACGCGUAUUAUUUGGAACUCCAGAAUUCAUUCCACCGGAAAUAAUUGGCUUUGAGCCAAUUGGUACCGAGUCUGACAUGUGGAGUGUCGGAGUUAUUUGUUAUGUUUUAUUAACUGGACUCUCACCAUUUAUGGGUGAUAAUGACGCCGAAACUUUUGCAAAUAUCACUCGAGCAGACUUUGACUUUGACGACAAAGCCUUUCACGCGAUAUCAGAAGAAGCUAAGGACUUUAUCAGUAGACUUCUGAUUAAACGAAAAGAGUCAAGAAUGUCUGCUAAAGAAUGUUUGAAGCAUCCAUGGCUUGCACAACGUGCUGAAAGCAUGAGUAGAGUUGCUUUGCCAACAGAUAAACUUAAAAAGUUCAUAGUACGAAGAAAGUGGCAGAAAACAGGCAAUGCAAUUCGAGCAUUAGGAAGAAUGGCUAUUCUUUCAGCCAACACGAGAAGAAAUACUGAAUUACUAACUGACAUGUCUAAAGAAUUAUCCACACCGACAAGUGAAAUAGAAACAGUUCUCACUGAUGAUUCACUUGAUGGAAUCGUUGACGACAAUAUUGACAUUGAAAAAACUUCCAUUCCUGAAUUUUUAAACGGUAAAAUGGCUAAAGAUGAUUCUGAUGAAUUACAAAUAACAGAAUUAUCAUCAUCUGAUGAAUACGCGGAUUCUCAUGAUAACGAUAACGCCGAGUCGCCGACGAUUAUUGAAACCCAGCGAUCUAUUAGUCCAGACGAUUAUACAAAAAUUGAUAAUAAAAUUAGUAAUAGUGAUAGUUUGACAAGUGGAAAUAUAGACAAUGAUUUAAUGUGUAGAGAUUUAAAAAUUUUAUCUGAUGAAAAUAGUAACAAAACAGAUACAUUUAUUUCGGAAAUAAAUUCAAGUGAUGAAAGUCUUUAUAAAGUUGAUAUUAGUUUAGAAAGUUUAAAGACAACGACUGAAAUCCAAGAAGAAUUUUCGUCAAACUUUUGUAGUAUUACGAGUCUUCAUAUAAAUGAACCUUCUUUUGAAGCUAAAGAAGAAAUAACAAUAAGUCUUAUCAAUGACGAUAAGGAUAAUAGUAAAUUUGUAGAUUUAAUAGACGAGCAAAACUUAAAAACUAAAUCAUCUAUUAUUGCUGAUGACAAUGACAGUAAUAAAGUUCCAGUAUCACGUCCUGAUUUCAUUCCAAUACAGAGUAAUACUAAUUCGCAUGGAAGUGUUUGUAAGCCUUGGUGUAAAACUAAUUCUUCGAGUUUAGACAACGAAGACGAAGUCUCACGGGUAAAAAGCCACAGUCCAAUGCGUAAAAUAGUACGUACCGGAAGUGUGAGUCGAACAGUUGACAUGUUUGAGCAAGAGCAAGUUUCCUCGUCAGGUCGACAACAAUUGAGCCCCGGCAGCCGAAUUGUUCUUCCCGCUGCAAAUGCACGACCUCAGAACGAAAGAAUCCGAAAGGCCUUUGCUUUUUGGAAUAAAUAAAAACUGACACCAUUCGAUAACGAAAAAUUAUUUAAUUCAUAAAUAAUACGAGCAAUUUUUUUUUGAAUUUUUAUCAUUGUACUUACUCAUUUUAUUUUAUUUUAUUUUUAAAGUUUGAUCCAAAUAUUAAUUUUUGUAGUAACUUAAAUCAUUAAUUAAAAUACAAUUAAUGGAUUUUGAAUUGACAGUUAAUGUCUAAAUGUAAAAUACAUAUUUAAUAUGUACUAAUGUAAUGAUACGACAAAAAGAUGUAUUUAUGUAUUAAAACAUGUCUAAACUAAAAGUUUUAUUUUC